GAAUAGUAGCGUUUACAAAGUAUAUGUGUCUGUCUUACUGAAAUCAGGCCCGGUGUUUUCUUCGGUACACGGCUAUGAUCUGCCUCUUAUUGGUUGCAGGCCACAACACCGUUCUUGAGACCCAGAUCAAGAAUGAUGGCACAGGUCUGUACAGCCACCUAGUAGGGGUACCCAAAGCCCUGCUUCCUGGGGUUGGAGGGAAGAAGAUCCUAGAUUUUUGGUGGGAGACUGUCAACACGCGCCAGUUGUUCAGUGAAGUCUAUCUGGUCACAAAUGCAGAUAAGUACAAACACUAUGAACGCUGGGCAACAGCCAAUGACUUCCCAGUGGAAAAUGUGGUUAACGACGGCAGCACCACGCUCGAGGGAUGCCUCGGGGCUGUGGCUGACCUGGAGCUGGCCAUCCGUAGCCGGAAGCUGCAGGAUGACAUCAUGGUGAUUGCAGGAGACAUGCUCUGCGCAGACCAGAACUUUGACAUUGCUCAAGUCCUUCGCUUUUUCAGGUCCAAGCCUGGUGAGCUGGCCAUAUUCUAUGAGCUCGAGGAGGGAGAGAGGACCUCAUCAAGAGGCAUUGUGGAAGUGUGUCCUGAGACCCACAGGAUCACACAGUUUCUGGAGAAGCCGCAGGAGGGCCUGACAGUGUCCCGGCUGGCCAGCGUGGUGUUUUACUGCCUGCGCAAGGCCACUCUGCCAUACCUCUCCGACUUCCUCUCUCUGUGUCCGCGCGCCCAGGACAGGACGUUUGGGAAAUUCUGGGAAUGGCUCAUCAAUGAGCAGAAGCUGCCAGUGUUUGGCAUGAAGUUGCCCACAGGUUUCCAGCUCAUCGGACAGGUGGGGCUCUCAGACUACAACAAGUGGCUCACUCACUACUCUGCCAAGCAGCAGGAGUUGCCUGGCAAGCCCAUUGUCUGCCGAUCAUAUGCCAGAGUUGGGCUGAUGGGGAAUCCCUCUGAUGGCUUUCAUGGUAAGACCAUUGCCAUGACAAUCUCCAACUUCUGGGCUGAGGUCACUCUGACAGAGAGCCAGACCCUGGUCCUUCUGCCUCACCCCCUCAAUGACCCCACGGAGUUUGGAAGCUUGCAGGAUCUGUUCUGCAUAAGCCGCAAGGAAGGGUACUUGGGAGGUCUGAGACUGCUGCAGGCCACCUGUAAGAAAUUUUACCAGUUCUGCUCCAAACAAGGUAUCGCUCUGACAAAGCAGAACUUCACUCUGAAGUACGACACCAAUAUCCCACGGCAGGUGGGCCUUGCUGGAAGUAGUGCAAUUGUGUCUGCUACUCUGAAGUGCCUGAUGAAGUUCUACAACCUAACAGACACCGACCUCCCCAAACCCAUCCGAGCUAACUUCAUCCUCAGCGUGGAGACCGAUGAGCUCUUUAUCACAGCUGGUCUGCAGGACAGGGUGGUGCAGGUCUAUGAAGGGUUGGUGUAUAUGGAUUUCAGCAAGGAGCUCAUGGAUGAAAAUGGCUAUGGAGAAUACAUUCCCAUGGACAUUAGCCGUAUCCCUUCGCUUUGGCUAGCCUACUUGAACGACCCCAGCGACUCUGGCAGGAUCCACAGCAAUGUGCGUCAGCGCUGGUUGAACGGAGACCCUGAUGUUGUCCAGGCCAUGAAGUCUUUCGCUGAGCUCACAGACCAGGCCAGGACGGCCUUACAGAGUGGGGACUGGCACAGGCUGGCUCAGCUGAUGGACCAGAACUUUGAGCUGAGACGCUCAGUAUACACUGAUGAAUGUUUGGGUCCUGGAAAUCUCAGGAUGGUCGAACUUGCAAGACAGUUUGGCUCUGCAGUUAAGCUGCCUGGCAGUGGUGGAGCUGUGGUGGGGCUAUGUUUGGACACUGACAAACUGGUGGAGCUGAAGAAAGCUUUCCAGGAGGCUGGCUGUGUCUUCUGUGAGAUAGUGCCUUACAACCCUCUCUGCACCAGUGCACACAACUGAGGCACAUAGUGGCUACUCGGUACACUUGUGGGGCUCCUCCAUUAUACAACAAGAAAACAGGCCUGACAGUGAAAGGAUCAUUUGUACAUGUUUCAUGUGCCCUUCAUUUGAACUGUCUCUGUAUUUUCUCGCAGUAAGUGGACGGCAGACUUACCACAAUGUGCUUUUUAGAGCUUUGAUUCCCACAAACUGGUAAAGAAAAUCAAAUGCCGUUAAACUGAAAUAUAGCUAGAGUCGCUAUUUUGAAAUUAUAAUUAAAAGUCAUUGAUACCAUAUCUUCCUCAGGUUCUUUGUGAGCUAGAAAUACACCCAAUAACUACCAGUCUGUGGUUGCAACCUUUUUGUUAUCAUUAAGGCUUGAAAACAAUUUUUUAUUGCAGUUUCACCCACCUGCCAGUAUUUUUGGUUGGACGCAGGCCAGCAUUUUAAAGGUACCAUGGCAUUUUAUCAUUUUGUUGGUAUGGCUUAUUUUUAAAACAAGCAAGGCAGUGUAUGGUAUCGAGAAGGGGUUAUUUAAACCACAGCUGCAAGAUCCCAUUCCAUUAGGGCAACUUCAGUAGUCUUUGUAAGACAUUCCCUUGCUGUGGUUUAAUUAAAUCUGUAUUAAUACAGUACUUGUUUGACAACAAACAUGACUUUUGUCUGUUGUUCAAUUAAUGGAGGAAUGAGCUGACAUUAAUUUCCUCUCAUUUGACAUACAUCUUGUUAAGAAAGGGGGACAUUUAAAGCUGCAUACCUAUUUACAAUGGGGCAGUGUCUGUCUGUCUG